AUGAAGCUGUUGGGGGGGGCCGCUGCUGCAGUGGCGGCUGCUCCAGGGGCGGCUGCUGCAGUGGCGGCUGCUCCAGGGGCGGCUGCUGCAGUGGCGGCUGCUCCAAGGGCGGAUGCUGCAGUGGCGGCUGCUCCAAGGGCGGCUGCUGCAGUGGCGGCUGCUCCACGGGCGGCUGCUGCAGUGGCGGCUGCUCCAAGGGCGGCUGCUGCAGGGGCGGCUGCUGCAGGGGCGGCUGCUCCAGGGGCGGCUGCUGCAGGGGCGGCUGCUCCAGGGGCGGCUGCUGCAGUGGCGGCUGCUCCAGGGGCGGCUCCUGCAGUGGCGGCUGCUCCAGGGGCGGCUGCUGCAGUGGCGGCUGCUCCAGGGGCGGCUGCUGCAGUGGCGGCUGCUCCAGGGGCGGCUGCUGCAGUGGCGGCUGCUCCAGGGGCGGCUGCUGCAGUGGCGGCUGCUCCAAGGGCGGCUGCUGCUGCUGGGCGGCUUGGCGGCUCGGCUGCCCGCUAG